AUGGUGUUAGAAACUGAUCACGGCGGCUGUGGGUUUGUUCUGUCUAAGGUUAAGGAAAUGGCGGAGAGUGGGUCAAUUUAUAUAGAAUUAGAUUUGGAGUUCGGAGAGCUUUUGAAAGACUGGAUAGAUGAUUGGUUAGAUGAGGAAAAUUCGGAGCACGGAGAUUGGCCAGAGAAUGCGAACGAAGGGGAAGAUGUUAAUGUGACAGAAGAUGAGGGGAAAGAGAAUGUCCAAGAUACUGCCGAUGUAGAUGAUAAGAGGGAUAUGUUCAGGAAGAUAAUGGAUAUGACUUUUAUGUCUUUAGAAGCUGCCUUUGUUUUCUACGACAGCUAUGCUAGAGAUAAUGGUUUCAGCAUUAGAAAGGAUAAGGUCAGAUACAGCAAAACUGAGUCACAUCACAUGAACUAUAUGAGAUAUGUUUGUUCCAGAGAAGGGAAACGUGAUAGCAAGUUGCUAACCGAGGAAGGACACACUCGUAGGCUGAGAGCCGAGACACGUUGCCACUGCGAUGCGCACCUGGCCUUGAAGCUUGACGAAAAGCGUGGGAUUUGGUAUGUUGGUAGUUUUGAGGACAAGCACAGUCAUAUGUUAGCAAGACCGGAUGAAGUACCUUUUCUUUGGUCUCACAGAAAAAUCAAAGAGUACCAGAAAGCUGAGAUAAUAGCAAUGGGAGCCGCAGGGAUUAGAACUCACACUAUUAUGGAUUCUUUCAUCAGCAAACAUGUAAGGUACGGUGGUGUUGGGUUUACAAGGCGUGAUAUAUACAACCUUAUAUCUAGGGAGAAGAGGAAGCUACUUUCAAAAGGUGAUGCUGCCACAUCCAUAGGCAUCAUGGCUAGUAGGAAAAAGAGGGAUCAUAGCUUCUUUUUCGAGUACAAGUUAGAUAAGGAUGGACAUCUGAAUAGAAUGUUCUGGUGUGACUCCCGAUCUCAGCAGGACUAUGAGGAUUUCGGUGACGUAGUUGUAUUUGACAGCACAUACUAG